ACAGACACGACGGUGGAAUUCACAGGCGGAUUAAGACGACGAAGGAAUCAAAACUUAAGUUUUUGGAUCGGAAGCUAUGGCGGAGGAGAAGAAGUACAAGUAUAGCAUAAUCAUUCCUACGUACAACGAGAGGCUCAACAUCGCUCUUAUAGUCUACCUCAUUUUCAAGCAUCUCCGGGAUGUUGAUUUUGAGAUAAUUGUUGUGGAUGAUGGGAGUCCUGAUGGCACUCAAGAAAUUGUCAAGCAACUUCAGAACCUGUAUGGUGAAGACCGCGUACUUUUAAGAGCUAGAGCCAAGAAGCUUGGUUUGGGAACUGCAUAUAUCCAUGGUUUGAAGCAUGCUUCAGGUGAUUUCGUUGUAAUCAUGGAUGCGGAUCUUUCACAUCAUCCAAAAUAUUUGCCAAGUUUCAUCAAGAAACAACUAGAGACGAAUGCUAGUAUAGUGACAGGUACACGAUACGUAAAAGGUGGUGGUGUACACGGGUGGAAUCUUAUGCGGAAACUCACAAGCAGAGGAGCCAAUGUGCUAGCUCAAACACUUUUAUGGCCUGGUGUAUCUGAUUUAACCGGGUCCUUCAGGCUAUACAAGAAAUCGGUGCUUGAAGACGUGAUAAGCUCAUGUGUGAGCAAAGGUUAUGUCUUCCAGAUGGAAAUGAUCGUCCGUGCGACCAGAAAAGGAUACCAUAUUGAAGAGGUACCAAUCACAUUUGUGGACAGAGUCUUCGGAACUUCGAAGCUGGGAGGAUCCGAGAUAGUGGAAUAUCUAAAAGGACUCGUUUAUCUUCUUCUCACGACUUAAGAGACCGAAACCAAUCACAGCUCAACAACACACGAAUCUCUCUUUAUACUCUCGUUUACACUUGGAACUCUGAUCAUGCCUAUUAGAAACAUCACUUUACCUUUGACUACACAGUGAUAGAGUUGUGCUUCUUUCAAACACUCAAAAGAGUUCAUACUAUCAUAAACGUUGUUUGUUUUAAAUGUUCAAUUUGAGAACGUUAUCAAGCAGGGCCCAAGAGAAUAGUUGGGCUUUAC